AUGGCCCUCACACCCUCCACCCUCAGCAAGAACAUAUUCAGCGCAUUCGCCAUCCUCCUCCUCACCACAUGGACCCUCACCGCACUGGCGUUCACAGCCCUAAACGUCCUCAACACCAAUAGCACCUACAUCUCCUCCAUCGCCUCCAUCAGCCUCCUCACAUUCCUACUCGCUCGACUCCUCGUGAUCUCCCACCCAACAACAGGUUCCGGGACUGGCACUCAUGACACCGAAUCAAUCGCACACAUCCUAACCUCCGCGCAUCGCCGCUCCCGCAAAGAAGCCCUCCUCCUCUUCACGCUCACCUGCACCUGGUUCUACGAACUCCUAUGUAAAGUCGUGCUCCUGUUCUUCAUGACCGUGUUCGGCGGCGUCGUCGCAACAAUCAUAUAUAACGAUCCCGAGGGAUUGCGCGCGACGGAUAACAUGGGUUCCGCGCAGGGUGGGCAGCAGGAUGAUGAUGCAGGGACGACGGCGUUGGCGGAGAUUGAUCAGUUCAAGACGCGGGCGGGGGUAGAUUUCGAUCCCUCUGUUGUGUUUAUGUGGAUUCCGCCCAGGAUGUUGGUUUAUUUUGCGGUGUUGGUGUGGGUGAAUUUUGUGGGUUUGGGGGUUUAUGUAUUGAGGUAUGCUUGGAGGGCGUUGAGGAGGGUGGUGCGUGAGGAAGGAAGUGCGAGUUCGGUGCCUGUUGUGGUUGAGAAAGCGGAUGGGAGAUGA